GGGCGGGGCCGGGGGCGGUGCGCAGACGGCUGGGACUCCCUCCAGCUCCGCGCCGGCAGCUCUGCGGCCAUGGGGGCGCGGCUGGGCCGGCGGACCAGACCCGAGGCGGGCUCAGAAGCCGGGGCGGCGGCGGGGUGCGGGCCCGCGCCCUUUGAGCGCCGGGUGCGCUGGCUCCGCGAGAUCCAGUCCAUGCUCCGUGAGCGGCGGCCCGAGCGCGCCCGGCAGCUACUGCGCCUCCUGCGCCAGGACCUGGGCCUCGAGGGGACCCUCCUCACCGACAUCCUCUACAGGAAUGUGGCCUUCCUCAAUCUGGUGGACCCCAUCUCCCAUGACCUGCUUGGGAACCUGGCCCGGGACCUGCAGUGCCCCAAAACGGACUAUGAGCUCUGGAAGUCCUCAGAUAAGAUCUGCCGCCAGCUCAUCUACCACCUCACCCCUCACUCCAAGCGGCAGCGGGGGUCCAGCCUGCCCCGGAGGAAGACUCAGAGCUGCCUCAAGAGCAGUCUCCAGAUGACUCAGCUGGCGGGGGAGACCGUGAACCUCUCGGGGAUCCCACUCUCCGCACGGGACGUGCAACACAUUACCCGCUACCUGCGAAGCCAGGGAGCCGGGCUUACGGUGCUGGACCUGAGCUUCACGGGGCUGAGCGAUGAGCUCUUGCGCCUGCUGCUGCCCAGCCUCUGGUCACUGCCCCACCUCACCCAGCUCCUGCUCAACGGCAACAGGCUGACCAGGGCCACUGCGCGCGAGCUCACCGAGGCCAUCAAGGACUCUGCCAAGUUCCCCGCGCUGGCCUGGGUGGACCUGGGCAACAACGUGGACGUGGCCUCCUUGCCCCAGCCUCUGCUGGUCGGCCUGCGCCGGCGGCUCAGCCAGCGCACCUCACUCCCCACCAUCUACGAGGGCCUGGACCUUGAGGCCGAGGGUGGCGUGGCUGGGGCCAGCUCUGCUGCCUCCACCUGGGGUUCUGCAGCCACUGGGCCAGGGUCUGAGCCCCAGGCCUGCUGCAUGAGGUGACCCACCACCCACCUCCCACCAGAGGGCCAAUGCUUCUAGGCACGGGGGAUGGGGGCGAUGGAGGCCUGGAGGGAUCCAGCGUACAUGCUUAGCCUGGGAUGGAGUGUCAGGCUUCCCUCAGCACCUGCUGGGCCCAUCCUGCAGUAAAUGGUGAUGCCCUC